CAUAAGCUCUGUUAUAAAGUUGUCCGAUGUUAGUACAAAUUAUGUUUAGAGGCUUAAAGUUAUGAAUGGCGCACUUAUGCUUAAAUAAACAUCUUAAAUCGCAACUUCUCUAAAAUUAAAAGGUCUUAGGACAUCACUGCAUGGCUUCUUCGGAAGAAUUAUAUCUCCGCUCCGGAGAAGGAAUUAUUACAGGUUAUUGUUGCAGGGAGGGGUCCGGAAGCUUUGGUUUCAGGCUACUGGGAUGGACAGUCGUUCGAGUAACCUGUGUAUGUGUGGUGAGUCGCGCAAAUGAAGAUGGUCAUGCUGAUCAAGGAGAACCUCCUGCUGGUGGACUUGGGAGCCCUGGAAAAGUUCUGCGGGGUGAUGGAUCUGAUCUGUGAGCAGUGUGUGAAGCAGCCGGACAUGACCGAGGUUCUGACCAUGAAGAUGCGCUACAUCAACUGGGUCCUGCAAAAGUAUAAAGGCAACCUGGACAUUCUUGUAAAAGCCCUCACAGAGGGCAUGACGGCUGCUAGCUCAUUGGAGGACCUAUGCAUGUCUUCCUCCGACGUCCAGGAGGAAUAUCUGGUCACUUGCGUGAGCAUUAACCAUCAAAGCAGCCACGAUGCUAACCUUCUCCCCGCUGCUCCAAGCCCCCCACACCAUGUGACCGUAGCUCCGUAGCAUGGGCCCCCGCUGUACCUGGAAGCCCACUGGCCCCUACCAGCACGUGACAAACACAAAAACCAUCAGUAGGUUCUGUUCGAAUUUUAGAGAUGAACAUGUACUGGGGUGUAGAAACAAAUGUAAACAGAUUUCUUUCCCCACCCAUGUUUUCUGCACCCUAGAAAGACGAAUUCCCCUGGAAACAUUAGCAAUUUGCAUGCAGGUAGAUCGCGAGUAUUACAGUUGUCUGUCCUUGGCCUUUGUUUAAGGUAGCUUUCUGCUUUUAGCUUUGACAGCGUGUUGAAGCCAUUCUGCUGGUGGGUCGUGAACACGUGACCUUCCGUGUGGGAUGUCUCACAGCAGCAUGCAAAUGCUGCCCGUGGCAGUCAGUCUCACUUUCCAGUUUCCCCAUUAGCAUUUUCACUUUUCUCUGACUUCUCAUCCGUCUUUGGUUCCGGGCCCCGGGUACACAGUGUGAAAACUGUGAUUUAAUCAUCUGUCAUUUUGUUCUGCAAGCUGUAUCACCCAGAGAGACUUUACAAGCAUUACAGAAAUACAGUGAAAUGGGUCUGCUAGUGUGACACGAAUCUGCUGGGAUGUCUUGUCUCAUUAACCAGUGAUCUGAAGAUGAUUUGGUGAGUAUGUUGGCUCUACUGUGGGGACAGCAGACAAAGGAAGGGAUGAAGAGUGAGACGCUGCGGGAUGAGCAGAUGCCCAGGUGUGCCUUCCUGGGCUGGGCAGUGGCCUAUCAGGAAUACUGCCGAGCCUUCCUGGGCUGGGCAGUGGCCUAUCAGGAAUACUGCUGAGCCUUCCUGGGCUGGGCAGUGGCCUAUCAGGAAUACUGCUGAGCCUUCCUGGGCUGGGCAGUGGCCUAUCAGGAAUACUGCUGGCUAAUUCCAUCCAGACUCACGUUUGUGUCGACGCUGCAUAUGAGCGACUGUCCGAAACGGAAAUGAUAUGAAGAGGAAUGAAUGAAACUUUCCAUGAAGGCGCGUUUGACGUGUAGUUUGUUUACAUUUUUCAUGUACAGUGGUAGGAAUUCCAGACGUCUGUCUGCCAGUAAGACUACUUGAUGGAAACUUGAAACAUGUAUGUGUGAUAACUAAAAUCUGAUUAUGGGAGGUUUCAUAGAUGGAAAGCGUUCCCAAAAAGACAGUGGUCCAUUCUGAUCAUCCCAAGCUUUGUUCUCAGCUUAUUUGUCGUCUUUUGUUUGACGCAGGGUGUCAGAAUUACCCCACUGAGUGUUUCCCUGACCCCCCAAUAGCAGAGGGCGUGACCUUGUCGCAGGAUACUGAGUCCCCUGAGUGGCUGUUCUGUUUCCGAAGCACCGUAAUGACUUUGCUGGGCCUGUUACCACGUUUUACCUGAAAGUCACCGUGUGUCUCUUCUAAAAUGCGCAAACUUUGGUACUAAAAUGGAUCAGAAGAGAUGCUGUCCAGACACCGUCAAUGAUAGGCCUCAAUUCCUCAGUCCUGUGACAAUUUGGAUUAUAAAAUAUCUUCCCUGUAUCACUAUUAGUGGUGUUAUUCCACGAUUGACCACUUAAUUGUAAAAACAACCAGAUCUUUUCGUCAGGUUCAUCUUCCCACACUUAUAAGGAACAUAGCUGUCAAGUCUCUCGUUUUGGCCGGGAAACUACCGUAUUUUACCCCUCUUUCCCGCCGUCCUCCAGUAUUAGUAUUUUCCCGUAAAUCUCCCGUAUUAUAAUAUCAAUAAAAAAAUAAA